AUGGGUUCAAGUAUCAACGAGAAGAGCAACGAAAAGGUUGCUGGUAGUACCGAUGCUACUUCAGCUCCUGAAGAUGUCGUCGUCGACGCUGAAGGUGGCGACGCCUCCACGCCAGGUCAAGAAGGAGAAAUCGAGGGUUCGUGGAGUGACUAUAAGCGCAUUCUCACAUAUGCCGGGCCUGCAGAAUAUCUUAUGCAAGCUAUCGCCCUUGUUGCUGCCAUAGGUUCGGGUGCUGGUAUUGCUCUCCAGAACCUCAUCUUUGGAGAGUUCAUCACCAUAAUCACCGACUACACCUCGGGAGUGUCCGAACCCAGCAAGUUCCGAAAAGAUGUUGCGGAUCUAGCACUAUACUUUGUAUACCUUGGUAUUGGACGAUUUGUUCUCUCAUACGUCUGGAACGUCUUCCUUACCUACUCUUCUUACCGCAUUGUACGCAACAUCCGAAAAGAGUACCUCCGUGCUGCUCUUCGACAGGAAGUCGCCUACUAUGACUUUGGCACGGGAGGUUCCGUUGCCACUCAAGCUACUUCCAACGGUCGUCUAAUCCAGACUGGUAUCGCCGAGAAGCUUGGUCUCUUCUUCCAGGGCAUUGCUGCUUUCCUUACUGCCUUCAUCGUUGCCUUUAUCGUGCAGUGGAAGCUCACUCUCAUUUGUUUGUGUAUUGCCCCGGCCAUGAUUAUUGUCAUGACUGUUGUUGCCACUAUGGAAGCUGUUCACGAGAUGAAAAUCCUGGAGAUUCAUGGCCAAGCCAACUCGCUCGCCGAGGGUAUCCUGGCCAGUGUCCGAACUAUUCACGCCUUUGAGAUGCGAGCUAGACUUGUUGACAAGUUCGACAAGCACCUCGAGGAGGCUCAUACUGUUGGAAAGAAGAUCUCGAUUCUGUUUGGUCUCUUGUUCUCUGCUGAUUAUACCAUCAUCUAUCUUGGCUUUGGCCUCGCUUUCUGGCAGGGUAUCCGUAUGCUUGCAAGUGGCGAGAUCCAAAGCUCUGGCGUUAUUUUCACAGUUCUUCUUUCUGUUGUCAUCGCCGCUGUUCAACUGACCCAGCUCACUCCUUAUACUAUCGACUUUAGCCGUGCCAUGUCUGGAGCAGCUCAACUGUUCACUCUUAUCGACCGUGCAUCAGCCAUUGAUCCUCUUUCCAAGGAUGGCGAGACUCCUUCCGAGACUAUUGGACACGUUGAGUUGGAGAACGUCUCUUUUGCUUACCCGACCAGACCGGGCAUCACUGUGCUCGAGAAUUUCUCUCUCAAUGUUCCUGCUGGUAAGGUCACCGCUCUGGUUGGCCAGUCUGGAUCUGGAAAGAGUACUAUUGUCGGUCUCCUUGAACGCUGGUACAAUCCCAAAUCAGGAACUAUCAAACUCGAUGGUCGCCCUAUUGACCAAUUGAACUUGAAUUGGUUGCGCCGCAACGUUCGUCUCGUCCAACAAGAACCCGUUCUGUUCGAGGGAUCGGUAUUUGAUAACAUCAAGCACGGUUUAGUCGGUACUGAGUGGGAGAAUGCACCCGCCGAGGAUCAAAUGGAGCGGAUCCAGGACGCUGCCAAGAUGGCUUUUGCUCAUGACUUCGUUAUGGAACUCCCUGACGGUUAUAACACCCAGAUCGGACAACGAGGUGGUCUUCUCUCUGGUGGUCAGAAGCAGCGUGUCGCAAUCGCCCGCAGUGUCGUGUCGCAGCCCAAGGUUCUUCUUCUCGAUGAAGCUACGAGUGCUCUUGAUCCUCAUGCAGAGAGCGUCGUCCAGCGAGCUCUCGACAAAGCAUCUGAGGGUCGUACAACGAUCGUCAUCGCCCACAAGCUUGCAACUAUUCGCAAGGCCGACAACAUCGUUGUCAUGUCCAAGGGUGCCAUCAUUGAACAAGGCUCACAUGAAUCUUUGAUCGCCCAAGACGGUGAUUAUGCAAAACUUGUCAAGAUUCAGAAUCUUGCCGUGGAUAACGACUCAACCCAUACUGCAGCCGAGGAAGAUGAAGCUGUCCCUGACACGGAAAAAGAGGACUUUGCCAUGACCAAGACUGUCACUCAAUACGAAACCCAUGUCCAGGAACGCCUCGAGGCCGGAAAGGAGCAUGGCAACUAUGACAAUCACAAGCAACUGGGUAUCUUGCACGUCAUCUACCGACUCAUUCGAGAGAGCCCCGAGGUCGCAUGGUCGUAUUUCUUCGUUCUUGCGGGAUGCUUGGGAGCUGUUGCGGCAUUCCCUGGACAAGCGAUUCUACUUGCUCAUGUUGUGGACGUAUUCACACUUACCGGUGACGAAAUGAGAGACCGCGGAGACUUCUACGCCAGCAUGUUCAUCGUCCUCGCGGCCGGUCUCCUUGUAUCAUACUUUGUCCUCGGUUAUGCCACCAAUACCAUCGCUCAAUUCCUUAGCCACAAGCUUCGCAAGCAGAGUUUGCAGGACAUGCUUCGACAGGAUCUCCAGUUUUUCGAUCGCGAAGAAAAUAGCACUGGUGCCCUGGCUAGCCGCGUCGACUCCAAUCCUCAGUCCAUCUUGGAGCUGAUGGGCUUUAACGUUGCGCUUAUCCUUAUUGCCAUUCUCAACUUGCUUGCCUGUGGUCUUCUAGCUAUCAUCCACAGCUGGAAGCUGGGUCUGGUGGUUGUUUGUGCCGGCCUUCCUCCUCUAGUCAGCUCAGGUUACUUCAAGAUUCGCCUUGAUGCCAAGCUGGACCGAGAUACCUCCAAGAGAUAUUCUACCAGCGCUUCCGUUGCCUCUGAGGCCAUCACCGCCAUCCGAACUGUUUCCUCCUUGGCUAUUGAAGAGUCUGUUCUGUACAAGUACGUCAAUGAGCUGAACGAGGCUGUCGCCGGUUCAAAGAACGAUCUUUUCCGAAUCAUGAUCUUCUUCGCCUUGACUCAAUCCAUCGAGUAUUGGUUCCAAGCCCUUGGUUUCUGGUACGGCUGUCGUCUUCUGUCAUAUGGCGAUAUCUCUAUGUACAACUUCUUCGUUGCUUUCCUCGGUGUCUUUUACUCAGGUCAGGCUUCUGCUCAACUUUUCCAGUUCUCAACCAGUAUCACCAAGGGCGUCAACGCUGCCAAUUACAUCUUCUGGCUUAGCUCGCUCCAGCCCAAUGUUCAAGAAACCCCUGAGAACCGCGACAACGGUCCCAAGUCCGGAGGUCCAAUUGUUUUGGACAACGUACGCUUCUCGUAUCCUCUUCGACCUCACGCUCCUGUCCUCCGUGGCAUUGACCUUGACGUCAAGCCAGGCCAGUUUGUGGCCUUGGUGGGUGCUUCAGGUUGUGGAAAGUCAACUAUGGUCGCCAUGCUCGAACGAUUCUAUGACCCGUCCAGUGGCACCAUCAGCAUCGACAACUCUACUCUUCCCAGCCUCAACCCCCGACUCUACCGUCGCAUCAUCGGUCUCGUCCAGCAGGAACCGACUCUGUUUCAGGGCACAAUACGAGAGAACAUUGCUCUUGGCAUCGAUGACCCAGAGACUGAGAAGAAUGAUCCGGCCACGUCGGUUCCCAAUGAGCGAAUUGAAGCAGCUCUUCGCGCUGCAAACGCCUGGGACUUUGUCUCUUCUUUGCCCGAAGGUCUCGAUACACAGGCUGGUUCAAACGGGGCCCAACUAUCCGGGGGUCAAAGACAGCGAAUUGCCAUCGCGCGAGCACUUAUUCGCAACCCCAAGGUUCUUCUCCUUGAUGAAGCCACCAGCGCUCUCGACACUGAGAGUGAGAAGAUCGUGCAAAAUGCCCUUGCAGAAGCGGCAAAAGAAGGGGAUCGUAUCACAAUUGCUGUUGCCCAUCGUUUGAGCACAAUCAAAGAUGCCGAUAAGAUCUGCGUGUUCCUUGGUGGCAAGAUCACGGAGGCGGGAACUCAUCAGGAGCUGCUGGCUCAAGGUGGGCUGUACCGCAAGAUGUGUGAAGCACAAGCUCUGGAUGGUUAG